GGAGGAUAGAAGAAAGUUAAAUAUCUAACAAAAACAACAAAACGUUGUUCCAUAAAUAUCUUGCAAUUUGUAGACUUUCAAGCUUUAACACGUCUCAUAAACUUUGAAAUGGAAUGGGCCAAACCAGCGCGAGAAAAUCGAGCAGUUUCGUUUCUUGCUCUUGUGUUUCAGUGAUAAUAAAACAAAAUUGCAUGCGUUGCGCUUGCGUCCUAGUGAGAAGACCCCUUUCGUUUUCCAUUCCUCUUACGAUACACCAGGGUACUCUUUUUUCUUGCAGGCGUUUUCUUAGCUAAACCGCAAGUUCCGCCGGAUGUAACGAUUAUUUACGUCAUCAAAUUACACGUCAAUCGGCACGUCAAGAUCUUUCCCCUCCAAUCAUAUCGUCGUAUUUAGCAUUCAAUGUCACGUGACUAAAUAGAUCAAAACAAAGACAGAACGACCAAAAACAUAGCAGUCCUUUCGCGGCAGAUUUUGGCAAAACUCUUGAUAAACCUUCCUUGAAAUCAAAUUUCUCUUCUGAUUUCGCCAAAGAGAAGUUCACAGAAAGAUGGGAAGGAUCUUUUUGGAUCACCCAGGCGGGUCUAAGCUGUAUUCCUGUGCGAAUUGUGACACAGUUUUGACGAAUCGCUCCGAGCUAAUUUCGAUGCGAUUCACAGGGGCCACUGGAAGAGCAUUUCUAUUUCACAAAGUGGUAAAUCUGUCGUACAGUGAAGUCCAAGACAGAGUUAUGCUAACAGGGAGGCACAUGGUGCGGGAUGUUUCUUGCAAAAAUUGCGACACAAAACUUGGCUGGAUGUAUGAAUAUGCCACGGAAGAAAACCAAAGAUACAAGGAGGGUCGUGUCAUUCUGGAACGUGCUCUGGUCACUGAGAGCGAAGGGAUUGAAGAAAUUGGUGACUGAUUUUGGGCAUCAUAAAGUAUAUAUAGUAUAGGUUAUAUGCUGUUAGUAUACAGCACACUAUAUAAUUUUGCAAAAAACUUUUUGUACCCAUAUAAUGCUGAGCAUUACUUUAAUUAAUCUUUUACUGUCAAAGCUCUCAGAAUCAUAAGCAAUGGAACCAGGUGUGCACCUAGGUUUUGCUGAGGUGUGCGCAGUUUUGUAUUAUCUGGGCCUGCUUCGUACCCAGGCGCUUACUGGCGUGGUCAGACUAAGCACGCAAGGGUGCUUCUCGCGUUGACCCUUCCCUUGGUCCUUUGCGGCAGCGCUAAACCUUCCCAAGGCUCAUUGCGCUCACUAGUAUUCACUUGUUUUUACUGACUUAAGACGCCUGGGUAUGAGGCAAGGCGUGGCCAGGAUUUUUAACAGGAGGGGGGGGGGGCAAAAGGCCCUUUCAGGCAUUUUCUCCUGUAUUUUAGAUAAUGUCUCAUACAUUUACUGUAUUUUGGGGGCCCUGGGCCACCCCCUUGGCUAUGCCUUGCCUAUUCUGCAGUAAGAAAUUAUCCACUUUUUGAUAGGAAAGGGAAAGUGUUCAAAGUAUGCGCCUGACAACAUAUUUCCAUUUACUGUUUUUUUUCAUAUAUUUUUAACAGUUGGGGUCCCUCAGUAAUUCUCAGAUAUUUUGCUUAAACUUCUUUAAGAUCAAUUUAAAAAAAAUCAUCAUCAGAAACGAUGUUAACACAAUCUGUGUUUCCACCCCAUUGCUGUCUAUCCCAUUUUUUAAUCCACAAAGCUUUUCUUCAAAGGGUUAUGUUAGCUUUGCAGUGACAGACAUUGCUAGUGAGUUCUAUGACUAGUGUAUAAAUUCGUUACCUGGAAACCAGGAUGGCGACUUGUAGGGCAGCGAAAUGCCCUCAUGUUUUUAGCAUGGCCAUAAAGGCCAGGGUAUAGUUAUUAUGCAUAUCGUUUGCCCAGACUCACAAUUGCUGCAUAUCAUACUCGUUUUGUAAAAUAUUGUAAAUAGGAUGCAAAAUUCACAUGGACUUUUAAUUCCCUGAGAAUUGUAGAAUUAAAUUACAAUAGGUUAUUAAAACACUAUGAAAGAGUCUGAAUGUAAACAUAA